CUAGCAGCUGUAGACGCGCGCGCGCUCGCACGCAAACAGUCUAGCCUGCUGCAGUUCGGUGUCAAGCGCGUGCUAUGCGGGAGCGCAUGCCUCCUGACUUGCGAUAUGUCGUGCCUGCGGCUUGGUGACGUGUGUACCCCCGCUUGUGUGGCGUGACUGUGUCGAGCUGACAUGGAGGAACUACUGGUGCACGGCAAAGAAGACAACACUGCAGCAAGCAGUGACAAGAGCUGCUACUUGCUGUCGGUGGAACAGCAGUUCACUCUCCUCGUCACAGAUGGCGCGCAAGUUCCUGUGGACACUGCGACGAGGCUAGAGUUGCCGCCCUGGUUUGACAGCGACAAAUUUAACCUGGGCAAGCAGUACUUCCAGCAGAACUACUACGCCAUGUUCGUGUCGAAGCUGAGCGGGCUGCUCGCCAUCCUGGCGGUGCCCAGCAUCCUGCGCGUGCUGGUGCUGACUGAGCGCUCCUCGGAGCCCGCCGCCGCCUUCCGGCGCUACCUGUCCACGCUGUCGCACAUGCUGCGGUGGUACGGCGGCGACCCCGCGCGCGGCGACUCCAGCACGCAGCGGUCCCUGGCGGCGGUGCGCACGAAGCACUGCGCGGCGGGGCGGCGCGCGGCGGCCGCCAGCCUCGGCCACAUCUCGCAGCUGGACAUGGCGCUCACGCAGUUCGGCUUCAUGGGCUUCAGCGCGCUGCAGCCCGCCCGCCUGGGGCUGGUCGGCUCCGAGCACCACGUGGCGGGCUUCCUGCACUUCUGGCGCACCAUCGGCUACGUCAUGGGCAUCGACGACAGGUUCAACAUCUGCCGCGAGAGCGUGCUGGAGACGCGGAUGCUGUGCCGAAUGCUGUCGGAGCGCGUGCUGGGCCCAGCGCUGGCCUCGCCACCUCCUCAGUUCGACGCCAUGUCCCACGCAUUGCUGCACGCGAUGUGGGCAGUGGUUCCCGUCAUCGACCACGCCGCCUUCUGCGACUUCACGCGCCUGCUGGCCGGCCUGGACCCGGUGCAUACCUGCGGCACCGUCUCUACCCCGCACCAGAUGUACAGCAGGGCGCUGCUGUCCUUCCAGCUGUUCGUGCAGGAGGUGCUGCUGCGCGUGCCCAUCGUGUCUGUGCUCAUCAGGCUGCUUCUGAACCUGCAGAUGUGGUUCUCCAUCUUCAUGGCGCAGCGCCUGCCGCUUCUCGCCUACCUCGCCUUCGGCCGAGCGCGCAUCGCUGCCUCCGGCUCCUGAGACAUCCCGCGCCGAUCUAACAUUACCUGCAUCCGAACACUAGUCUAGUGGAUCCCUUGGCCAAAGCAUCUACCAGAAGCGCAUCGCAGUGGACGUGGCCAACUUUCCGUGGCUUCCGAACUCUCAUAAGGGCUGCAUCGAGAUCCCUACAUGCGUCCGCUAAAAUCGAGGUCUCUAAGGAUGCGACACUCGCAUCCAUUAAUGCAUCCACAUAUCGUGCCCUUCGGGAUCGUGUUUUAUAUAAGUGAAACUUCUUUGGGCGUGAUGAGAGUAAAAUUUCAAGGAUGAUUUUUAAUGCAACGUUAACGUGAAACUUUGUUGUGAAAUAUUAAAGAAACAACUAUGCUAUCUACAUUGCUGGGUUCUUUUUCUUUCCCGUCUUUCUGCGAUGAUUAUCCCCCACCCCCCAAAAAAAUAGAACCGAGAGAGAUAGAUGAACGAAAGAAUUAGUAAGAGUGUGCUCAUGCGCUUGUUUCAAAAAAUAGAUAUAGGUAUCCUAUACAGUCAGCUUUGAGUGCCUUGAAUUUUAUAUUUGCUACCAGCGCGCUCGCGUUCCUCCUUGUUCAACCAGCAGCGUAGAGAGCGCUGUUAAGCUAGUCCCUCCAUUUCCCGCAUAGAUAGCGCUACCUGUAAUACAUUUCAUAUUUCAUUCUGAUAUUUGGUGUGUUCCAAAUGGCAGAAUUGUUUGAAGAAACAUUAACGCGCAAAGUUUUUCUUUAUGGUGUAUUUCAAAAUGAGUAAUAUUUAUUGUUAAUUAAUCAUUUUUGAUUGAUCAGUAAUAAUUUCAACCUGAGUAGUUAUUUUGAAGCGAGUAAUAAUUGUGUUGAUUGGUGUUUAUUAAUUUAUUUUAAUUUUAAUAAACUUUCUAAUAAAUACAAAAAAAUAGGCUUCUUAAAUACGUGCAAAAGAAAUGAAAGACAUAAACCCCUUCACUGUGUUAUUUUUUAUAAAAUUGUAUUUUCUCUCUCUCUAUCUCUCUCAAUCUCUCUGCUGUUUUAUCCCUCACGAUAUACUUACGAGUCGAGGUUUGAAUUGCCAAAGAAGUUUCACUUCUAUCACGUGUAUCUUGUUACACGCGCUGUUCAUUGUUUUGUUUGUAUAUAAUAUUACUUUAUAUUUUUGGCAUAAGAUUUGUUUAAAAGGUUAUAAACAUAAGUGAUAACGCAAAUGGAGACAAGUAAAAGAGCUGAUGAAAAUUACUGUAAGGUGGACUUGAACGUAUAGGGGUAUUACUGAUCUUUAUAAGAAUUUUCAGUAUUUCGAGAUUCAUAACAAAAAAUUUAAUAUGAUAGCAGACAUUUAUAACAAUCAUGCUUCAUUAUUUUUUUAAUUGGUCGUUUUUAAUUACGUUUUGCUGAAUAUUUGUAGAUAUCACUACUCAAAAUGGUUACGUGCACAUUAGUACGACCAACUGUCAACAGGUGGUGCUAGCAUUAAAAGUAUUCAGAUACUACCCAUCCAUCAGAAAUGUGUCCUUAACAUUGUGGCUGAAUUUGCUAAGGGUUGUAGGCAUGUGUGUGCUAUGGACCAUUCCCAUGUAUUCGUACACAGCCAUUAUAAUAUUUAAGCCAAAUUACAAAAAAGUAACAUUGUAAAACUUCAGUUAAUUUCAUAAUUGAAAUAUUGUAACAUUUCAACAAUGUUACAAAAGUGACACUUUGUAACAUUUAAAAAAACUUUACAGAAAUGUAUCUGAAAAUUUUUGUGUUGUGCUAUAUUUCACAAACUUUUUGGUGAUGUUGAAGGAAUGGUGCAUUGUUCUUCUAAACAUAUAAAGUUACUUUGCAUUUUCUAAAUGUACCUGAAACACAUAUGUAGUGUACAAACUAUUGGGCUAAAAUUGGGAUACAAACUACUAUAGGACUCUCUACUUAGACUUGUCACGAGUAUAUUUAUGAACACUCUUCGAAGGACUUUCGUAUCAGAAUGUUUAUUUUACACCAGAAGCUCCUCUAACUGAGAUUAACUUUGGAAGAAAAAGAAACCUCUAUUGACUGAUAGAAUGGUGCAAACGUAUUACUUUGAUUUCGUAAAUUGUACAUUACAAUUAUUUUAAACUUAUUUCAUCUAUGGCUAUGUGUGUUAUGAUUCUAAUACCUGGAGUAUAGAAGAGGAAUAAUGCACUUUCGGCAUUCGCAAAGCUAAUUAUUUCGUUAAUAUUAGUCAAGGAAAUUUUUCAUGGUUCAAGAUGUCAGAUUACACUAGAGAACUAAGCCGUGUCUAUGUUUUAUUCAGAAAAGUUCUGUGAUUUAAAACUAGGUUUGCUACUAUAUUUAUUUAUUUAUCGACUUAUUCACACAGAUUUCAAAAACUUGCCACGUCUUGGAUAUAGGUGAAACAGACUUUCAAACCAAAGAUCCAAAUCCUUUCCACGUGGAAAAGAAAAAGCUUGACCACAGCUUGCAAGCGAAAGACCCCAUCAACUGGAAACCUGCGCUAUCCCGGGAUUUAGAUCAACAAACGAGUCGCGACAUUUCUACUAGGAAUUGGUUUUUAUAAUUAACUAAUAGAAGUACCCGACGUUGCCCGGGCUAAACACAUUAUAAUAUAAGGAACAUCACUACCGAGUUUCAAGUCUGUAGGACAUAUAAUUGAUAAACGGGAAAUUUUGAUUUUUAAGUCCCAUUGAUUGUACAAUCUCGGUGCAUCAAGGCUAAACCGGCAAGCCUAUCUUCGGCUUAAUUUUGCGGGAAGGCAGGUAACACUUAAGCAAGACGUGACGGACGCAUCAAACGAUAGCGUGUAACAAAUUCAAGGCAACGCCAUCUAUUGACGAAGUUUUAACUAAACUGUUAUUAGCGCCUUUAGUUCGCCUCCAGCCGCGAGGUUCAUUAAGAGGAUGGGUUUUGCCAAGGAGAAGGAUAGGAAGUUGCCAGACCUUACUAUAUGACCAUGUGGCGGACAUAGAGAAAAGACACAAACUCCCUGUAUGUGUGUCUAUGACCUACCUUCUAUGAUUUUAUAUUAUAAAAACUGAAUAUGCCCCUUUUUUACUCUUAGGGGAGUGAGUUAUAUGUAGUCUUGUCACUCUCCGGCCCAUAAACUAUCUAUAUACAAAAAUCUAUGUUGAUCCGUUGCUCCAUUGCUGCGUGAAAGGACAAACAGACAAACACACUUUCGCAUUUAUAAUAUUAGUAGGGAUACUUGGAAGUAUAGAGUUCCUAAUUCCAGAAUGCUUUAUUAUAAAAAAAUGGGAUUACUAAAAAUUAAAAUAUAGGUUAUUUUAUGAUUAAUGUUAAUAAUUGUUGUACUUUUUGAAUGUUUAUAUAAUAACUGAAAUUUCUAAUGUAUAAUGAUGUAUGUACAAAUUAUAUCUUCCUUUGAUUUGUCCUAUGAACAAAUCUAUAUUCACUCAAGGUUGUGAAAAAGUAACAUGUAAUGUUAUUUAUAGUAUAACGCUUCGUUUUAUGUUAUUAACACGUACUAUGUUGUAUGUAUGCAGUUUACAAAUGUCCAAAAUAGCAGUCCUAUUAAAAUAUUUGGUUGCAAUGUUUGGAAACAUGGUCACGAAAAAAAAAAUACAAUUUAUUUUAUGUUAAUAAAAUCAGGCAGUCACGUGUG